AUGGCGUCACCGACCCCGAACAGCCUCCCCUCCCUCUCCAUCGACCCCACGGCGCCGCACCAGCACACCCACACCGUCGUCUUCCUGCACGGCCGCGGCGACACGGCACGGGACUUCGCCGCCACCGUGGGCUCCCUGCCCGACUCACGGGGCCGCAGGCUAGGCAACGUCUUCCCGACCUUCCGGUGGGUGUUCCCGCAGGCGCCGACACGGUCACUUGCCGCGGACCCGCGCACCAGCUGGCCGCAGUGGUUCGACGUAUGGAACACGCGCGACUCCAGCGACAACGAAGCGUUACAGGCCCCCGGACUGCGCGAAAGCGUGCCACUCGUGCGCGACAUCCUGGCCGCCGAGGCAGCUCGGCUCGGCGGGCGCUGGGAUCGCGUCGUGCUGGCGGGCAUCAGCAUGGGCGCUGCGACGGGCGCACACGUGCUACUCAACCUGGACGUGCCGGCUCAGGGUGGGAGGAGGCUCGGUGCUUUUCUGGGGUUCUCGUGUCGAUGCCCGUUUGUCGGGCGCAGCCUGGAGGAGAUGAGGCAGGUGCUCGGCAUCGCGGACGGGGUGCCGGAGCACAGCGAGGUCGUCUGCCGGACGCCCGUGCUGCUUGAGCACUGCGUCGAUGACCCGUUGGUCUUGCUGCGGAAUGGUCACGGCAUGCGGGAGACGCUGCGCGGAUUCGGGGCUCAGGUUGAGUGGCGAGAGUAUCCCAGCGGAGGACAUUGGUUCAACGCGCCGGCUGGCGUGGAUGAUGCUAUCGCCUUCUUGACAGAACAUGUGCUGGAGACACCAGCGAUGCUAGGGAUGCCGCUUCGGCGGUGCCGCAAGCUUCGUCCGACACCAUAG